GCCUCGCAAUUGCAUUUCUCAGCCUCCUCCCUCACAUCCCACUACUCUAACUCCAAACACCACCACCAUCUACUACUCCGCCACGAAAACCACACACACACACACCAUGUCCUCGCGCGAAGCCUACGUCCCCCCCACCGCCGGCGGCGGCGUCCCCAUCGCAGCUCGCGAUCAGGGAUACACUGCUGCGAGCGAGGGACCAGCGAUCAACUACCUCUGUGGCGAUUGUAACAGCCGUGUGCCGCUGAAGCGUGGGGAUCCGAUUAGAUGCAAGGAGUGUGGACACAGAGUGCUUUAUAAGGAGAGGACGAAGAGGAUGGUGCAGUUUGAGGCGAGAUGAUGGGGAGGAGGAAGAUGGGACGGACAAAUACUUGGGAACGGGCCGCGGGGAG